CUCCCGCCACGCGAGCAGCGGCCGUGGGACCGCUCGGCUCGCUUCAGUUCAGUUCGGCUCGGUUCGGUUUGCUUCGGCUCGUCCCGGCUCGGCUCGGCGCCGCCGCUUCUCCGCCGCAGCGGCCCGGCGGUGGGACCGCAGCGGCAUCGCCAGCACCGGCACCUGUGGCUCCACCUUUCUUUGCCUCCCAAGAUGGCUUCAGUAACAGAUGCCAGAUUCAGGCAGAAAGAUACUUCAGACCAAAAUUUUGAUUACAUGUUCAAGCUCCUGAUCAUUGGCAACAGCAGUGUGGGUAAAACAUCCUUCCUCUUCAGAUAUGCCGACGACACCUUCACUCCAGCCUUUGUGAGCACAGUGGGAAUCGACUUCAAGGUGAAAACAGUUUACAGGAAUGACAAGAGGGUGAAGCUGCAGAUUUGGGAUACAGCUGGACAAGAAAGAUACAGGACCAUCACUACAGCCUACUACCGAGGAGCCAUGGGCUUUGUCCUCAUGUAUGAUAUCACCAGUGAAGACUCCUUCAAUGCUGUGCAGGACUGGGCCACACAAAUCAAGACUUACUCCUGGGACAAUGCACAAGUGAUCCUGGUUGGAAACAAAUGUGACAUGGAGGAUGACAGGAUUGUUCCUGUGGAGAAGGGGAAACAUCUGGCAGAUCAGCUGGGUUUUGACUAUUUUGAGGCCAGUGCCAAAGAAAACAUCAACGUGAGGCAGGUGUUUGAGCGUCUCGUGGAUAUAAUCUGUGAGAAGAUGUCAGAGAGCAUAGAAUCAGACAAUUCCAGGGGCACUUCUGGAAGGAGCAUGAGGCUCACAGACAACCCUCCCCCUUCACAGCAGAACUGCUCGUGCUAGUGAAUUUUCACUGUCCUUGCUCCCUGAUUAAAUUUUAUCUUUUCAUUUGUGGUGGUGCAUUAUCACGUAGUCCAGAAGCAGAAGUGUCUGUUGUAGGAAACUGGUAUGUUUGUUUAAUGUGCUGGAGUGUUAAUAUUAUAUAUUUCCUCAUCCAAUAAUUUAAUAAUCUGAAAAAAAUAUUGUAAGUGCACCUUGUGUGAAUGUGAGUUACACUGAAGAAUAAUAAUUGUGUAGUGUUGCAAAUGUUAUUUCUACAGAGGAUGUUGCAUUUUUAAAUUCUAAAUUCCUCUGUUGCAGAAAGAGUGCUUUUGUCAAGAAGAGCAGGAAGCACAAAAACCAAUUAGAGGGGAUCAGGUCUAAGAGAAGAAAGGGGGAAAUCAAAAAAUCAAUCCCCAGAUAUUUUGAGAAUUGUUGCUGUCCUCCAGACAUGGACCUCAGUUUUUCUGUAGGAUGGAGCAGAAAGCAGAGCAUUGCUGUCUGCCACUAUGAGGUCCUCCAGAGUGUGAAGAGGAAGGGGUUGGAUUUUGUGUCAAGCCUCUAAACGGAUGAAGAACACAGGCAGGAAUCAAAGCUGCCAGGCUGGGGAGGAGGAGGAGGCCUUGCAGCCAUCCCUGUACUUCCUUCCCUGUGCUUUGGCUGGUGCUGAGUGAAGGAGUAAGAGCCCUUCCAAGGGCUGCCCUUGACUCCAAACUUCUCCAGCACAGCUUGCAAAGUGCUGGGGGUGUUGCUGUGUUCAGCACAUUCCUGUCCUCAAUCCUCUCUCCCCAGAAUCUCUCUGUCCUGCAGCCUUUCCCCUGUGUCCUGUAGUUUUAUCUCUGCAGGUCUGGAUCUCCUCUCAUCAGCAGCUUGCAGGAUGAAGGAAAAGGGGAGCUGGCUGCUGAAUGCUUAGUUGGAGGCAAAAACAUAUAAGACAUGGAACAGAACUGUCUCAGAGAGAUAAAAAUAUCAGAAACCAAAAUGUGAGUGUUGGCAGGUAUUUGUGCCAAUAUUAUUAGAUUAUCUUUCUGCAUUUUGUUGUUGAUUUAUUUUUUUUAAUCUUGUUCUGUAUGGGUGUGUGUGGGGGCUAGAUUUUCUGGGUUCAGAUUCAACCACAAAGUAUAAUUUAAGAAAAGUAAGAGUGACUAAUAAAACACAACUGCAAAUGAAACGUGGCAAAGACAUCCUGUUAUUCUGUCAACUUUUUGUGCAUCAUGCUUUGAAGGGAGGCAAAAUUUUUAAACUGAGUGGAUAUGGAGAGAAGUUGGUUGUCUUAAGGGGAAAAUUCUGGAAGGUUUUUACCUUUGGUCUGUGAUCUCCUCUGAGUGAGGAGACUUCUUGAUGGCAGGAACAGGAGUCGAGUGCCUGCCCACUGCCCUGUAAUGUGCUGGAUCGUGACACCACUGAGUGCUUUUGUAAUUCCCUUCUGCUGUGUCUCAAAGUGUAAUAGCUCUAAGAAGAAAAGCACAAAAUUCUGGACAAAAAUGCAACGUUUUUGGAGUGGUUUGAGCUCAUUGUGCUAAAGGCUUGAUCCCUCUGUCUGUCACUUUUGGGAAUCUCUACUGUGACGUGUUCGGGGUGUGUGAUCUCGUCCUGAGAGUGUGAUUUGUGCAGUGCUGGGACUGUGCUUGUUGUAUCUAAACCCCUGAAACUGCAAAAUAAAGAGA